CUACGAACGCAUACUGAUCUUAAUUUAGUAGUUUUGAAAAUAAUUACGGAAGGCUCGUAAAGUAACACUGAUUUAAUAUGAGAUAAAAUAAUAAGCUUUCCCGUUUAAUUACAAGCGUUCUGCAGCAGUCGUCGGAGCCAAGAAAAACAGUAUAUGUUAGUGGUGAAUUUGAUUUCAUGGACAAUAGAAUAUACAAGAGAUACAGCGAGCGAGUUUUCAAUUUUCUCGGUUAAUUGGGCACGAAUUUGAAUUUGAGAGAAUGUAAUCCAAUUCAGUUGGACAAUUUAAGGAUGGGUCAAAAGGUGUUUCAAGAUCGCCCGAUAUGGAUAUAAACGGCACGUUUAUGAGAAGACGCAAUGUCGCGUAUUGAUAUGGAGAUUGCAUCAAGGGAUGAAACACCUGAUGCCAACGAAGUUUCAAUCAAUUAAUUAUCAAACAGUAGAAUUCGAUUUAGUCGGGCAAAAUGAAUUAUACUAGUCCCCCAGCCUUUUCUAAUAAAUGAUGAGAGGAACGGGUAGUACUUUUCAAGAAAGUUGUCGCGACCAAUCGACAAAUGGAAGUGCGAGAUAAUUAAAUUUGUUUCCCGUAAGACGUUGACAGUCAUCUGUCUGGAGUGUAUUAUUGGACCAAGGAAGACUGGAUACAAGUUAUAUAUGACACUUUGGUGCCACUUUUAGUGAUGAAAAUGGACAAGGAAAUUGCGUUGAAAUACAAUGCGUCAUUAAGAACGUCGUAUAACGCCACGUUUUUAAACCAAUUUGACAGUAAUGGAGCGCCCAUCAAUUACACACGAACUGAAACGCUAAUCAUUGGAAUCAUUUUAUGUUGCCUGAUAUUGCUUACAAUACUUGGAAACCUAUUAGUGAUAGUUUCUGUCGUAACCUUCCGGAAAUUACGGACUUUGACGAACUACUUUGUGAUCUCGUUAGCGAUAGCCGAUACCUUAGUGGCGGUCCUUGUAAUGCCAUUCGGGGUAUACCAGCAGGUGACUAAUUUGCAGUGGGGAUUAGGGGCAGUGGCCUGUAAGCUAUCAACCUGCUUUGACAUCUAUUUUUCAACUUCUUCAAUAUUCCAUUUAUCAUGCUUAGCAUUGGAUAGAUAUUUUGCAAUCUGUAAACCGUUCUUCUACACUGAACAUAUAAGUAAAACCCCAAUACUAAUCAUCAUAGGCUUGUGCUGGAUUAUUCCUAGCUUUAUUUCUUUUCUUCCAAUCUUAAACGGUUGGAAUCUAUUCGGCAUUGAGAGCAUUUACGAGGAAUUGAAUAGCGACGAGGGCAUCUGUGUGUUUAUAGUGAACAUACCAUUCUCUCUGGUCUGCUCAAGUAUUGCGUUUUAUGUACCUGUUGUUUUCAUGAUAGUCGUAAAUAGCAAAAUAUACAGUGCGGCGAGAAGGCAGGCCAGACAGAUCCAAAGUCUUCAAAUCAUGGAUUCACCAAACAAAUCAAAUCUAGAUAGACGCCAUAAACACAUGAAAGCUGAAACCAAGGCUGCGAAGACUUUAUCAAUCAUAAUGGGUGUUUUCUCUUUAUGUUGGUUUCCCUUUUUUAUAUUCAACGUCCUCGAUGUGUUUAUAGGGUAUCAGAUACCGUACGUCCCAUGGACAAUAGUGCUAUGGCUUGGAUGGGUGAAUUCUACUAUAAACCCAUUCUUGUAUUAUUGGUUCAAUCAAAACUUCCGGAAUGCUUACCGUAUGAUUAUUUCAUGUGGACACUGUAAAGGAUACAGGCAGCGAGACACUCUUUCCAUAAGUGCAACGGGUGUCUCGAAUCUAUCCGAAUGACGCGAGGCUAAUGGCACUCUCCACACGCGCACUAAUACACAAGAAUCACUCAUUUUAGAGAGUAUAAAAAUUAAAAAUAAAUGUUCAGAACAAAAACAAAACACUGGUGAAACACGAAGUAAAAAGCUCAAUAUAAAAGGAAGGGCAUUCCAUACGUACAAUUCCAUAAAGACAUACAUUGUUCAUGAAACCUCUUUAUGACACCUACUAGGUUAAGUAAAACCUUUAAUCGAAGUCUGUAAAUCAGUAUUAUGUUUUCCUAAUUUAACAGCGUGGUCUCUAAUUAUAGGACGUUUAGAUGCUUCCACGAUUAAUGGUAAAAAUACUCGUGUAUAAUCUCCACGCACACAGGCAGUAAAUCAAAUAUUUUCAUUCCCUACUUUAAUUUAUAACUCAUUUUAUUAUUUGCUUUUUAAUUUUAAUACUCGUUCGAUUUUCACGACUUUUCAGAGUUAUAAUCGCUAAUGUUUUCCGUCGCUGUUACAUUUGUUUCCAUCAAUCACCUUUAUAAGUAGGGAAAGACAGAAGGAGCCCUCGUUAUGGAAAAUAAUGCUUUCUAACACAUAAUAUCAAUUAUCUUUGUCAACUUAAUAUGAUAUAUAGCACGUGUAUUCUUCAAGGUGUAACGAUUCCCAUCGGCAGACCAAAAGCUGUGUCAUAAGUCUUAGAAGUUAUUAGCCAGAAUUUCCGAUACAUCAUGUGGUAACGGGAAACUUUAUCAUUCGCAUUGUUGGCUUUUUUCUGUUAGUAAGGUAUAAAUUACAAUUACUAGACAAGAUAGAAUUCAUCAAGUCAUAUUAAUUAUAUUAACGGAGAAUGUGUUUCAUGUCGAAGCUUGGUUGAUGAAGGCUACGUGAUACUUUGAUUUCCGAUUUUCAUCAAGGUUAACGCUUAGGAACAAGUCGUUUAAGUCUUGAUUUUUAUACAAAUGAUAUUACACAUUAAUCUGAAACAUAGGUUCAAAUUCUAUUCUAAGAGCUGAUUUGAAAAAGGUCACCCUACCUCUUACUAGAUUUUUGUGCAAAUCUAGGUCACAAAAACCCUGAGGAGUACACUGUUGUGUCUAUGACUUUUUACAGAAUAUGUGAAACACAGCACUAUAAAUGCCCUCCGAGUUUAGUUGAAUAAUGAUAAUAUAACGAUAGCAUAUCUUCAUGUAUUUAACUGUCCAUUUUAAUCAUAUAUGUAUACAGGUAUAUGUACUUCAUUACAUCACUAUGUAGAUGUCUAGAGAGCAUUAUUUGACAUGUUAUGAAAUAUCUAUAAAUCCAAUACUAUCGACUCGUACUGUAGAUUCCUUAUUGAUAAUUCAGUGCGAUUACAUUUAAUUUGUAUAGUUUUUGAUAAUUAUUGCAGAGUAAACAUAGUAGAUAUGUAUCGGGUGAGCCAAAAGGUAUCUCUAUUUUUAAAAUUACUUAAUUUUGGCGGAAUUUUCAAGUGGAGCAAACUCGAAUUUCAAUGGCGGUGUCUUGGAAUAGACACUACGGAGGGCAAACUGAAAAAUAUGCAAAAUAUGGUUAACACAGUACGCUUUUUCACCAUAGUAUGGCAUAUGUAUUUUUUUACUAUGCUUUAUCAUUAUUUUGUCAAAAUAUUUCAAAAGUCAUGAAUUAUGAGAAGAAAUCUCCGUGG